CCGUCUGCGCCUGCGCAAAAGGAGGUGGGGCAUCUGGUUUGUAGGUACUGCCUCGCGCUCUGCACUUUAUUCUAAAGAAGGAAUGGAUGCUUUUUAGGUUUUCUGCCCUUAUGGGAGUACGAUGGGAUUUGAGGUGCGGGUGGAGAGCUGUCGGGGUUGGGGGCAGAAAGGGAUAGGGGUGCGCAAGGGCGAGGAAGCACGUGCGCUGCGCAGAUUGCAGGGACUGGGCCGUGUCGCCCGGGACACGGGGUGGGCUUUUGCGCGCGCCCCCGCAGGCGUGGGUGCGGGUGCGGGUGCGCGCCGGCGGCCACGGCCUUGCAGGCUGGGGGUUUUUGCGUGCGCGGAGCUGCCAGGAGCGGUUUGCGCUUCUCCGCGCGCGCUAGUCUCGGGGAGUGACCCCGGUGAGCAGUUACGCACCGGUGUGGCUCAGUGACAAGUGCGCGCACCUGCAGCCUUGUGGGGUUGAAGGCAGAGCUCGGGAUGGAGGGCAGAACGGAACAGCAGAGGGGGCUCCUGUUACUAUUUCUGGGGGUACAGCUGCUGCUUAUGGGGGCAUUCCUCUACCAGAACCACCACCGCCACAGCCUCACCUCCUUCUUACGCGUCCUGAUACAGGGCAGGCCAACGGUGGGAGAAGAGUUGCCCUUUUUGGUCUCGGUCUCCUCUGCAGGGACCUCUUCCCAGGACGUGUACGCCAACCUCAGCCAGAUCCACCCUGUGGACGUUAGUGAGGAGCACCUGCCCAGCUGCCCCCUCAUCUCACCCUACAUCAAUGGCCCCGUGAAGGUGAUGAUCCCAGAGAACCUGACGAUGGAGCAGGUGGUGGAAAAGAACCUGCUGGUGGAGCUGGGAGGCCAGUACCGGCCACCUGACUGCUGGACGCGGCACCACACGGCAGUCGUGGUGCCCUACUACGGGCAGAACCAGCACCUGCUGCACCUGCUCUUCCACCUGCACCCCUUCCUGCAACGCCAGCAACUGCACUAUGCCAUCUACGUGGUGGACCAGGUGCACAACACUGCCUUCAACCGGGGCAAGCUACGCAACGUGGGGUUCUGGGAGGCCAUGCAGGAGGAGGAAUGGGACUGUGUCUUCUUCCACGAUGUGAACCUCCUCCCAGAGGAUGACCGCAACCUCUACAUCUGUGACAUCUUCCCUGCCCAUGUGUCUGUGGCUAUCGACAAGUUCAACUACAAGCUACCCUACCGUGGCUACCUUGGGGGGGUGUUUGCCCUGCGCCCCAUUCACUACCUGAGGAUAAACGGCUUCCCCAACACGUACUGGGGCUGGGAUCGUGAGGACCACGACAUCGCUGCCAGGCUGCAACUGAGUGGGCUGCUUCUCUCCCGACCCCAUCUGCUCUUUGGCCGCUACCACAUGCUGGAGGGGCAGGAGCCCAGCACCCCGCAGAGACCCUGGAGCUCUUUCCUUCUGGCCCCGAUCUGCCACAAAUGGCAGCAGGAUGGCAUAAACUCACUGGGCUACAGGCUGCUCUCCAAGGAACGGCAGCCCCUCUACACCAACCUCACCGUGGACAUCAACUUCCCAACUUCGCAGCCCUAGGAGAUCCCCCCACCCCCGUCAGCCGUGCCAAGCUGAGGGCAGCCGGAGGCUGGAACAGAAUCCCCAAGACCUGGGCUAUAGGGCAGCCCUCCCAACUGGUUUCUUAUUAAAGGAGAGUUUAUUUUACCCCCUCCUCUGCCAACCUUCCCCACCCUUACAUUUCCAGGCAUUCAGAGCCCCAAAUUCCCUGGUUCUGUCCAAGUGGUUCCAGGAGCUGACCCCCCACCUACCCUUGACUUAUCGCGAAAACUUGCAGGGUCCGCACUGCUAGCAUCCUUUAAAAACCCAGGACAGAGUUCAACGCUUGUGUGACCCAUGUAGGAUCAAGUUCAGGUACCUGGCUCCUGGGCCCGUGCCCCCCCGAGUAUGCAGUCCUGCCACUGUCUGGUAGCAAAGAGUGGCGAGAACAAAUAGUAAAACCUGUGAGGAUGGGUGAAUUAGUGUAUGCACCCCACAGACUUCCCUGCAGCCGCUGAGCAGAAGCAGUGCAGCGUGGAAAGAACAAGGGGCACACGCACGCGGCACAAUCCGAUGUUUGUAAGACAGAGGACAGAGUUCCUACACAGACAGGAUUGUGGACAUGGUGAUGAGUGCGUGUGGGUAUCGGGUGCUGGUAAUUUUCUGUAAAGGGCUGGAUGGUACAGAUUUUCGGCCUGCAGGCCACUGGAGCACAGGGAUGGUCAGAGACCCUACGUAAACACAGGAACACGGCUUUGU